GAAGUAUGAUAAAAUUACCCUACACACGUUGCUCUCCUUGCUGAAUUGCAACCUGAGCCAAAUUGAGCUCUGCGAAUUCGCAGCCUGGUUCCGUAUCCAAUUACACUGCAUUGAUGUGAGCGCAGUAACAUAUUCCAAUUGUAGUGGUCUCGACAGCAAAUGGCGGACGUGGGCCUUAGCGGUGACGAGCGCAAGAAGAAAUCGGUUUUCUAUCAGACUUGCACGAGCACUUUUAAGGACGACUUCCCGACGCUGGUGAAGUGUUUGAAAGCCAGCGAUUCGACUGGCAACCCGCAUACACGGCAAGAAGCGGGCUUCCUGCUCUGGCACCAUGCACUGGAAGGAGAGGAAGUGGGCGGGCUGGUGUCGGCCGGCGUCAUCGCCGCCUGCGUGUCCUGUCUGGACACAGCGGACUCGACCAUCACGGACAAGGGCUGCUGCGCGGGCAUCCUGUUGGCCAUGGUGGCAGAUGACGAAGAGGUGGCGGAGGCUGCGAUGAAGGCGCGAGCCGCCACCUCCAGCAACUCCUGUCUGGAGGUGCUCCACUCAGUGGUCAUGCUGCGUGACGCCACCAACGCACGCGCCUACGCCGCCAAGGCCCUGCACGCCCUGGCCAAGCACGCGAUGGGGCCCUUCCUGCGAUCCCUAGCCGCCUCCGUGGACGCCAGCGGCGGCGGUGGCGGACCGCUGUCGGGGGUCCUGCCCAAGUACAUUUCGGUGUGGGGCGGGAUGGACCAGAAGGACGCAGUGGUCAUCGGCGCGCUGGCGGGCGUAGUCAUGCAGGUUAUCAGAGAGAAACCGGACCUAGCCAUGUCUGUGGUGGAGGCGGGCGGCGUGGAGGCGCUGCUAGGGGUGCUCACGCGCCAGAAGAGCGAGGCGGCGGGCACGGCGGCGGCGGCGCUCCUGGCGGUGCUGGUGCCGGCGGUGGAGGGAGCCACAGAGCGGCUGGUGGCGGCGGGCGGCAUUGCGCUGCUGGCAGACGUCAUCGGGCCGCCGCCCCGCAGCAUCCUCACGUGGGAACAGCACACGCUGGCGGAGCAGGCGGCGGCGGAGGCUGCGGCGGCGGCGGCGCUGGCGGCAUCAGCCUCGUCCGCAUCCCUUGGCGGCAGCGGGCGGGGCGGAGGCGCGGGAGGGGGUGCGGGCGAGGCAACGCCGACGGCCGGGACGCCCAAGGGCGGUGCCCCUGGCAAGGCCGGCAACGUCAAUGCCGCGGAGCCGACCUCGCCGUCGGGCGCGGCUGCGCCCACACCUAACGGGCUCAAGACACGUUUCUCACGGGACGUCACAAAGGAUCUCGCGGGGCUGAACCUGGGGGACGGCGGAGCGGGCGCCCCGCCGCAGCUCAACGGCUACGGCAACCCGGUGCCGCCGGUGCGCGUGCAGCUGCCGCUGGUGAUCCCGGGGCUGGCGCACGGCGGCGGCGGCGGCAGUGGGGCGGCCUCUCCAGGCCUGUCGCCACAGCCCAGCAGCUACUCCGCGCUUGCAGCGGAGGGGUCAUCCAUGACUGUGGCGACUACGGCCACUGCAGCAUCCAACGGCGGCGGGAGAGGCGGCGCCGCCGCUGGGCCGCCGCCGCUGCCGCACCCAACCGACUUCUCGACCAACCGCUCCGCCAUCCGCUGGAUCCUGUUGCCAGGCCUUGAUCUCGCAUCCUACGCAGCCGCCUGUCUGGCGGCUCUGCUACAUAACCCCGAGUGGCUGGCGCAGGUGGAUGGGCGGCUGGUCACACACCGCAUCUUGGCGCAGGUCAAGGCAGUGGCAGCGCCCAAGCCCGCGCCCGAAGGCAAAAAGAAGAAUAAGAAAAAGGGGCUGACUCUCACUCCGGAGCAGUCGGCGGCGCUGACACGGCUGCUGGGUGUGGUCAAGAUCCUAUCAACCACAAACAUCAACAGAUACCGCAUCGCCCACCUGGACGCGUUGCCCGCGCUGCUGUCCUUGUAUGACGAGGGGCCCGACUACCUGCUGCGUAACCACUGCCAGAACAUCCUGCUGAACGUGGCGGUGCUGGCCGAGAACGGCCGCCAGCUGCUGGACGCAAAGAUGCCGGAGGAAUUCCUGGUGUCCAAUCCCAUGCGCCUGACGCGGGAUGAGCGAGCGGGGCUGAGGUGUGAGUUCCCGCUGGAUGGCGCACUGGAGGACGCGGCGGUGACCGCCAGCAUCACCAGCAUCACCAAGUAGUGGAAGCGGGGGGUUGGCUGUUGGUGGAAUGAUAGAGCGGCGACGCAUGCAGGGAACCGGGUGAGUGGCGCAGUGCGGUAUCAGCAGUUCGUGGGAGGGCGGUCGCGGCGCGUGCAGUUAGGACAGGUCUGGAAUGUACGUGAGAUGUGCUGGAACUGGAGCAGGAGCUCAAGAGCGACACUAUCACCGUGUGUUCACGGAUUGUACUAAACGUGGAUGCUGGGCGUUGGAGAUGGGCGGCCCAACCCUACGUAGGAUAUUUGAGGUGAAGCUGCGUGUGGGUUGUGGACAUCGUGAUGUGCCUCAUGCUCCGGACCUUAGCAUGCAGUCGGUGCACAGUCCUUGGCAUGUUUUCGCACACGCGCCCUCGCCAGGAGGGGUGCUCGGCAACCAAGCGCGAGCCGUUGCGAUGCGUAGCUGAGGCAGUUGAUAGCUUGCGGCGGCCGGCCUACAGUAAGGGCCCCGGUCUCCUCGCCCUUGCCCCAGCUGCUGUUCGGUGCCACCUACCGCCUGCUGCUGGGGCUGAGCCGCAGCGAGGUGGAAGACUGGCGGCUGCCGUACGAGCACGUGGUGGAGCUGGGCAUGGUGCUUAGGAUUGGGUUGGGAACCCUGGAUAGGAGCAGGAGCACGGGACAGGGUUGAUGGGGGCAGGCACGAGCGAGAAGGAGACUAGGUGACUGUUAAGAGGAGCUGACGUGAGCGCACCGUAUGAGCUCUGCAGCAGGGGCGGCUACCACGUAGGGAUCGAGAGUACGGUAGUGUUUUGAACUAAAAAUGGGUAGCGCAUUGUGAACAGGGGAAGUCAAGUUGUCCAUUCUCCACAUGCGAUGCCAGACGUCGGUGUACUGUGCAGGAGGGCGCACGAGGAUUUUUUUUGGGGGGGGGCAUUUUCAAGCAGCACGCACUGUGCCGCACAAUGCCGCCGCUGCAUAGACUGUGCACAUGCUGCAUGUGCGUGUGAAAGCCUGUCAACCCCACUUAAGGCCUGUCCCAUGUGCCAACUAGAAACCCAAGCCCGGUGCUGCAAUGAGAUGUGGUGUUGACAAACACCGAGUUUGUUGAUUGAGUGCAAGUGGGAAUGAAAUUGCUUA